UGAUGAUUCUUGCUUCCGAUUGCUUUCAUUUUCCGGCUGGAUACUGAGCGAAACGGAGCUGUAGUUCUAUUCUAUUUAGUCAAGUAUUUGAGAUUUAAAUACUCUGCACACAAUGCCAACAUCAGUUGCAAAUCGGUUCCUGCUUCUAUAUGGUUCCCAGACAGGUCAAGCUAAGGCAAUAGCUGAGGAGAUAGCCGAGAAAGCCGGGGACCAAAAUUUACAUGCCGAUAUACACUGUCUUAGUUUGACAGAGAAAAAGUUUUUCAUUGAAAGGGAGAAGUGUGUUGUUAUAAUAACAUCGACAACAGGUGACGGUGAACCACCAGAUACAGCCCUCAAGUUUGUUAGACGUCUCAGAAAGAAGACCUUGCCAGAUGACUAUCUUUCUCACCUCAACUAUGCUCUCUUAGGCCUGGGUGAUUCUAACUACACAAAUUUCUGUAACUGUGGUAAAUCUUUGGACAAGAGAUUACAAGAUCUUGGAGCUAAAAGAUUCUAUGACAGCGGCUGGGCUGAUGAUGCUGUUGGUUUAGAGGUAGCUGUGGAGCCAUGGCUAGAUGGACUAUGGUCAGCACUGAAAAGGUUUCUCAAACUACCAGGGGCUGAACAUGGUGGUGGUGAUGCAGAUGCCAUAAUGACUGAAAAUAAAGAAAUGAUAAAUGGUGAUUCUAGGUUGAAUGGUUCCACUGUGAUAGAAAAUGGGAACAAAUCUCGAUCAGCUGAUACACAGUCUGUUCAUUCUAUAAGUAAUACUAUCCCAGUGUUGACUAAAGAUUUGACUAAUGGCAAUAAUCAGAACAAUUUAAAUAAUUCAAAUUCUGCUGAGUCAUCAGUACCAGUCUGUGAUAUCAACCAAUCAGAUUGCAAUAAUUCAUCAUCACAUUUGGAACAGACUAGUUCUAGUGAAAAGCAUACAGAUCUUCUAGUAAAGACUUUAAAUGGAACAAAAGAUAAUAAAAGCAAUGAAUCUUCGAUGGAGGAAAAAACAGAAGCUAGUGUAAAAGUAUCUCUACCUCCAUUAUCAGAGAGUACUUUGACAGUGCCAUUAUUGCCUCCCCCAUUCCUCAAGAUUGAGUAUAAUCAAGAGCAAAGUAUAGAUGUAUGUGAUCUCCCAAGACAAAACGAUUAUGAUUUCCCAUCAGCCGCAACUCCUGUAACCAUGGCAACUGUUUCAGACAUUAAAACUCUCACAUCAGACACUGCUGUGAAGAAAGCCAUUUUUGUAGAACUGGAUAUAACAGGAAGUGGCAUCAAUUACCAGCCAGGUGAUGCAAUCUCCAUCAUCUGUCCUAAUGAUACUAAUGAAGUGGAAACACUUUUAGACAGACUGGGUGUCUUAGAACAAAUUGACUCAUGCUUGAAGAUCUUGGUUAUAGAGAUUACAAAGAAACGAAAUGCAAGCAUACCAAAGUUUGUAUCAGAAGUUAGUACAUUAAGGCAUAUCUUUACAACAUGUGUAGACAUCAGGGAACCACCUAAAAAGGCACUGCUUAGAGUAUUGGUAGAGUACACGAGUGAUGAUGCAGAAAAGAGACGAUUACAAGAGUUGUGUAGUAAGCAGGGGAAUGAGGACUAUGCCAGGUUUAUUAGAGAGCCAUCACUUAGUAUCCUUGACAUUCUAAACAACUUCUCCUCAUGUCUACCUCCCGUAGACAGACUGAUUGAACAUUUACCGAGGUUACAACCAAGACCGUAUUCUGUGUGCUGUUCACCUUUGACCUCACCAGGGAAGAUUUCCUUUGUCUUCAAUGUUGUUGAGACUACGGCUGAAUGCGGAAGAACCUAUUUCAGAAAAGGGGUGUGUACUGGCUGGCUGGAAGGAAUGUCCCAUUCUGCAAAGAGGGAUAAGCAGGUGCAGGAUACUACUGAGAAGGAAAUUGUUCAGGGCAUAAAACAAUUGGAAGUGUCUGACAUUAAGAUUCCCAUCUUUGGAAGGACGAAUCAGAGCUUUCAUUUGCCUGAUGAUGUCACAGUGCCAGUCAUUUUGAUUGGUCCAGGCACUGGUGUUGCUCCAUUCAUUGGUUACUUGGACCACAGGGGCUCCCAACAGGAAGCACAAGCAGAAACACAGUUUGGAGAGACCUGGUUGUUCUAUGGUUGCAGACAUAAAGACAGGGACUAUAUCUUCAGAGAAAAGAUUGAACAUCAUGUUUCAACUGCAACUCUGUCUAAUCUACUGGUUAGUUUCUCUCGUGAUGAGCAGUCAGCUGAUGCCCCGCGUUAUGUGCAGGACAAUCUGAGGUCACAUGGUGCAGAGAUUGUGUCAUUGAUUGAGGAGAAAGGUGCCAUUGUGUAUGUGUGUGGAGAUGCCAAAAAUAUGGCCAAAGAUGUGAAUCAAGCCUUCAUAGAUAUUUUUUCCCAGUGUAAAGGGAUAUCCUCAGAUGAGGCCAGAAAACUUGUGAUGAAGUUACGACUACACAGACAAUACAAGGAAGAUGUUUGGACAUAGGAGACUGAUAUUAUAUGGAUCAAAUCACAGUUACAGAACAUCCUGUUUCACACUGAAGAAAUUGUGCAUAUUUUAAGAUUUAUUUGAAGAGAAACAAGUAAUAAGACAUUGCUUAUAAUGCCAGACUUAGUCCAGUUCCCUUUUCUAGAGAUAGACCCUAAAAUUUUCAAUGCUAGAAACACAUUAAAUUAAGUCUAGAUAUUGAUUUCCAAGUCCUUGACAUAACCAAAAAUGGUUUCACAAAUGUGAAAUUUAUGAUAGUUUUGUUAAUAUCAAUUACAGAAGUUUAAAUAUUUAAUUUAAAGUUGUGAUCCACAAAGAAUGACAACUCUUGCCUUGGGCUAGUACUUAUAAGCAGAGAUAUCUAUUAGUUUACUUCCCUUGCAAUUACACAAAUGAGUGGAAAAUGAAAACGAUUUGAGACACAAUAUGAUACUUUUUUGCACAACAAAAACAUUUAGGAUUUAUUCAUAUGUAUUUGAUUUACUCCUCAAAACCUGGUUCCUAUGAUUUUGUCAACUUACUCAGGGCUCACACUGGCCUCCAAAAAAUAAUAGCCAACUUUUUAACCUAUGAAAAAUUAAUAGCCAAAAUUGAUGGGGAUCUUUGCGUGCAAUUUUUAUAAAAAUAAGAAUGAUAAAUUUCAACAUAUAUACCUUCUUAAUUACUUUAUUCAAUAAAUAUACUAAUUUUUAAGUGUUUUAGAAUGUUUUUACUUACGCUAAUUACAGUAUGCAAGCACAUUUAUUUGUUGAUUUUUUUAGUUUGCCCGUAUCGGCCAUGUUUCUAAAAAUAGAAACAGGAUUGGGUUUUCCGAUAUUUUUUUAAUUAAUGUGCAAAACAAAAAACAUUUAUUAUGCCAGAAUUGUCUUGGUAAAAAAAAUAUACUAUUAAAAAUAUCUGGCCUGUAAUAUUUCAACAAAUUCGCGUUCUUUACAAAUUCUGAAAAUUCAAAAAAAAAUAUUUUUUUCGCUUCGAACAAUUUCAUUUUAGAUUAAAAACAGAUAUAGAUCUAACCUAGAUCCUGAUUAAAGACAUUUUGAAACCGUCGACAGUUAGGUCAGUUUAUAAUAUGUUUUUAAAGAUAAUUAAAUUAGCGGUAACUAUAGAUGGCAAUUUAAUUUUUCAUCUGGAAACUGCCCGUACAUAUUGGUUUAAUUGUCGUUUGCCGAAUAUAGAGUUGAAGAAAAUUUGCGCUGGCAUUUUAAAAUGUUCCAAAAAAGUAGCCUGCCAGUUCAAUCUGAUUGAUAGCUAAAUAAGUAAGAUUAACUUCCGGUUAUAAUCGGUUUAAUUGUCGUCUGCAUCAUACCGCCUUGGGAAAUGUUAUCGGCAUAGUUGACACGUGUUUGGAAUACACGAGGUAAUAAACAGUCCGCUCUAUUGAUUUUCUACACUAGCAGACCGCGGGUUACUGUCUCACUUGGCAUAAUUAUUUAUGUAGCUGUUAAAUAAAAUAAUCGCCAGUUCCUGUCGCCAAAAUAAAAAAAAUAUUCGCCAUUUAAAUAAAAUAAUCGCAAAUGGCGAUAAUGGCGACUGACAGCGUGAGCCCUGCUUACUUAUGGUGAAAAAAUAACUUUUAACAAGCCGAUAAUAAAACGAAAUCCUUGUAAGUAUUUUAUAGUGCAGAUAAUACAGUUUUGCUUGUAUCAAAAUGUCACAUGAGAAUCACUUUUGUAAUACAGAACACCUGGUAGGAUUAGUAAGGUGCAAUUAUAUUGAUCUCUAUUUCCUAUGCCUACCUUUUCCAAAUUGUUUGUUUGUUUGUUACAAAAUUCUGAAACUGAAAGGAAAAAAAAACUCUGAGUAAUGUAAUUGACAGUCUUGAGAAUGGGAUUAAAUAAAUCCAUAUAUGGUACCAUAUAUUCCUUGAUUAAUGCCUUCCCACCCACCCUGCUAGCCGCUCAGUUCCAAAAAAAAUUUCAUUCAUUUAAUGUUGGAUUAAUAGUUUGUAUUUACGAAAAAUGUUUGAAAAAAAAAUAGGGCCAUGAUAAAUACCACCCUUUUGCGAAUAAUACAUUUCUGCGGCAUAAGUAAGGGAAUAUAAGGUAACUGAUUUUAGUUAGGACAGGAUAAUCUCUCUAUGGGGAUCUGUUGUUGUUGUUGCUGUUAAAGCUUUAUAUUAUUGGAUAAAAAUGGAAAUUAACAGUCAUUUUGCGGGAAUGUGGGAUUUUAGUUUAGAAUUCUCAAUCAUGAAAACGCUUGUAGUUUACACAUAUUUGCCAUGUUCUUAACUAAAAGAAUAAUCAUUUACCUGCGACUCCUGUGUUUGUUGCUUAACAAAGUAAAUAUUUGAAUCAUGUUAACUGCAUGUCUUACUAUGGAAUAUUUUCACUGUUUAACUGUUCUUUUUGCUGAAAUGACUGUGUGGUUUGAAAUCAUAUAGAUCUGUAUUGUAGAUGGUAUUUUUGAUGUUUGUUUAAAUUCAUCAGCGUCAUAAUUAUGGGAAUUUUUAUUAUGAAUUUAAUCAAAUAAGUUUUCACAAGAGUAAGUUUUAUGUGAACACAUUAUCUGCAAAAUUCUAGGCAUAAUGUGCAUAAUGUAUAUGUUAAUAUUGUUGCAUGUCUUAGGUACAAAGUUAAAGGCUAUGACAGGGUAAUGAUUUCUUUAGGGUUUUUUUUAUUUUUGUUUUGCUACAUGUAAUAUUUUAGGGUGGAUUAUGAAUAUAAACAUAUACAUGAAGAGUGUAUAGUGAUCAUGUCACAAAGAUGGAUGUGUUUUCAAAUCACUAAGUAGUUUGCAAAAUUAUAAAUUGCUGCAAUAGCUUUCAUAGUCAGAAUUCAUUUAUGGGAUGUAACACUACUCUCUUGCUUAAAUAAUCAAGCUUUUAGCUUUCUUUUAAAUACUUUAUAUAUGUAUAUAAAAUGAAUUUCUAUCUACUUCUCAAAUGAGAAGCUAGUCAUUUUAAACUUUAACAUUACAUUCAUUUUCAAAUUGAUUCCUUUAUUUCAAGACUUUAUGCUUGUGAAUAAUUUUAAAGAAUUUUGUGGAAAACAUAUUUUUUGGGGGAAGUUCAUUUUGUUACUAUUUUAUUUAUAUGACUUGUGUAUUUUUGAUGAAUGUGCAUUCUUUUUUUCUCUAUAAAAGUGUUUUUAGAUAUUUUUAAUUACAGGGCACACUAGCCAAUGUUUCAAGUCAGGAUUUUAAGACCACGGAAUUGAAAACGACAAUGAGAUGAGGCAUAUUGUCCUUUGUUUAAAGUGACUCAGUUUUAUAGCCAUUGUGUUUUGAAUUAUUUGUUUCAGUUUGAAAUAUAUUUAUAUGUUGAUCUUUGUUGAAGUACCAUCAUGUCGAAAACGACUCAAAACAAAAGGAACUUAUUUUAUUAAAAAUUAAGGAAUAUUAAA